CAAUCGCAAGGGACUUUUUUGAAAACUAUUGGAAUUUUUUGGCCAUUUGCACUUUUAUUAUUAAUUAAAAAUUAUCAAUAAAAAGAUAUCGUAACGUAUACACAACGCGCUUUCAUUGGAAAACUGUGAUACGUAGUGAAUAACGCGUAAUAAAAGCACGAGAAGCUUCGCUGAAAUUGGAGCAGUGAUUAACACGGAUAAUUUGCUGGCAGUGGUAGCGGUAGGCGCACUAACUGCAAAGCAUUGACAACAACACAACAAACCAUCUCAGACCUAUUGGAGCACCAAACACUUGGCGCAACACUUUCGAGCCCAUCGAAUUGUCAACGGACAUCUUGUAACUUCCAAUAACACUGUAUACUCAAGUUAUGGACAAAAUGCCAGCCAAACAGUACGAAUCAAAACCAUGGCCAGAUCUGGCUGACAGCGAUGACAGUGACAUGGAAAAUGAAAUAGAUGUAGAUAAACUGCCACCCUUAGAAGUUGGGCCGAAUGAGAACCGGCUGCAGCAUACAUACUGCCUUUGGUUCUCACGUAAGGGGACACAUCGUGCCACGGAUUAUAGUAAAUCCCUACAUGUUGUAGGACGCUGUGCCAGUGUACAACAAUGGUGGUCUUUGUAUUCGCAUCUUAUACGGCCAACAGCUUUGAAACCCUAUCGGGAAUUAAGCCUAUUUAAACAGGGCAUAAAACCGAUGUGGGAGGAUCCAGCAAACACAAAAGGUGGCCAGUGGGUAAUACGUUUACGGAAGAAUAAAAUUGAUCGUGCGUGGGAAAAUGUUUGUAUGGCAAUGUUGGGUGAACAGUUUCUCGUCGGUGAUGAGAUAUGUGGGAUAGUACUGACAACAAAGUAUCCGGAGGAUAGCUUAUCAAUUUGGAAUCGCACUGCCACUGAUCACACGAGCACGACACGUAUCCGUGACACGCUACGUAGGAUAUUAAACAUACCUCUAACAACGGCAAUGGAGUAUAAGAUACACUGUGAUAGCCUUAAAUAUGUAGCAAUUAAUAAAGGGCCUCUGAAGAGCUGAAAUUCAGUAAACACGUUCAACGCAACAAAAAUAAAAACAAUUGUAGAUGACACAGUGCGCCAUGUAGACAGCAAUGGUAACAUUAAUAACAGCAACAACAACAAUGGGCAGAGCAACGGCGAUAACAGAAGCGGCAACAGUAUGGAUACCAAGAGCAAUAUCUAUCAUAACAACAAUAACUAUAACAAUAACAACUAUUUAUACGAUAUUAAUACUGCUAAAAUUACAAACGCCUAGAAUAUAACGAAAUUAAGCACCACCAGAGCAAUAGCUGCAGCCCGAAACAGACAUGCUUAUAUAACGUUUUAUACAUUGGCAACAACGUAGAAAUUAUUUAUGUUUUUCGAAAAUAGCCACUUUAAGCAGGUUCUUAAAAAUAUGCGAAUGAGAAAUAGUGCUUUAACACAACAAUUGAAGAAUUGCCGGCGUUUCUACUUUUAUUUAUAUUUAGUAAUAAAAACGCUGCAACCUCAAUUUUAAUAACAACCACAAGCCAGAAAAAACAUAAA